AUGGUGGACGGAAACCUGUUCAUCCCGCUUUCGCCGCCCAGCUCCCCGCGUAUGUCUGCGUACAGCACGACUCCCGCUGAGAACGAGUGGCAAGCCUCGGAUCUGAAAACUCUGGAUCCGAACACCGCUCACUCGGAGGGCGACAUGGCUUUGCUUCAGGCUGACAUGAACGGCCACAACUUCGACCUGAAACGCCCAAUGAUCCGAACGGCCAAGAGUUUUCCCUACACGCUCGACACCAAGACCCAACUAUCCAGUGGCUCAGGUUCGCCUGCGAGAGAUCGCAUCAGCAUCAGCAACAUCGACGAUAUCGACUCGAGCGAGAUGCCAACUGUGACCUUUGGCGGAUCCGCCCCUGCCAGCCCUGUCUCGAGGCUGACCCCACCGUCCCCUCAUGACGCAACCAACGGAGACAAGAAUGAGCCACAGGGUGAUGAGAUCGUCGUUGAAGAGAACCAAGAGUGCGGCGAGGAUCAAAGCAAGGACGAAGAGAAGCCGCCAAUGUCGGCCGCAGAACUACGAGCACAGAAGCGCAAGAUGAAGAGGUUCCGACUCACUCACAACCAAACGCGGUUCCUAAUGAGCGAAUUUGCUCGACAAGCCCAUCCCGAUGCCGCUCAUCGGGAGCGCCUGGCUCGCGAGAUUCCCGGCCUGAGCCCCAGACAAGUGCAGGUUUGGUUCCAGAACAGGCGUGCUAAACUCAAGCGCCUCACCAGCGACGAUCGUGAGCGCAUGAUGCGAUCAAGGGCUCUUCCCGAGGACUUUGAUAUGGCUUCGGCUCUGCACUCUCCAUUCGGCAACACCCACGGGAUCGGGACUCCCCUCACAUCACCUGGAUCAUACCAUCCGGGAUUUCCGGAGGGCAAUAUGAUGCGACCUCUUAGCAUCGACACCCUUCGUCGCGGACCGAUCGACUCCCACGUCUCUCCCACGGGAAUAAGCCCAGCCUUUGGUGGUUUCACCUUCACUCCUCCUCAGUCAGCAACCGAUACCCUGUCCCCAGUGUCCCAACAUGGAGACUCCCCUUUUGGCUUCCCUUCUGCGCCUUUGGAAGGUAGUCCCAGGACCUCGAACCCUUUCUCCUCGAUGUCGAUGAGCGGGCCGCCCGCAUACGCUGCCCAUCACAGCAUCCCUCGUUUGUCGAUCCACGCCGAUCGUAUUGCCCGCAGCCGCGCAGAUUCGCUGAACUCGCCGCUGCGAGCGAGCAUGAGCUACUCGAACGGAAGUGAACACGGUCUGAAUGGGCCGGCCGAUGCCUCCAGCCAUAACGGCGAUCAAGCUUCACGGUCGUACUCGACCUCAAUGAUGCCGUAUGGUAUCGGAUAUUCAUACUCUCCUGUUCCCGGGUUCCAAGCCUCUAGUGCGUCCCGAAUGCGUUCCUUCUCCAGCAGCGUACCCAGGCGGAUUGAGCUCAGCACCCACUACACUCCGAGUCGGACCGCAACCACUCCGCAGACGGCUACUUUCCCCACCUACUCCAGUUCUCCUCUAGUUACUCCCCAGAGCUACGCCAUGCCCCAACUGAGCGCGCCACACCACAUCACGUCGUUCCAGAAUUCGUACCUUCGGAAUGACUCGGGCCAAGGCGAGCAGUACCCCGGCGUGGGCACCGUGCUUGGUGAAGUCCUGGAUAACUCCAACCACGACAAUGACGAAUCGAACGACCAGAUAUCGCAGUCAUAUUGA